AUGAUUAACUCUCUGCAGAAUCAAACUGGUGCGAACUGGAGAACGGAAUCGGUUAUCAUUUCUCUGGUCUUCUCGCUCAUCUUCUUGGUCGGUACCUUGGGGAACGGAUUGGUCCUCACUGUCCUCCUCUGGAACAGACAGAUGAACACCAAAACAACAAACCUGUUUAUUCUGAACCUCGGCGUGGCAGACCUGUGCUUUAUAGUGUUCUGCGUACCUUUUCAAGCCACUAUCUACACUAUGGAUGAAUGGGUAUUUGGACCGUUCUUGUGCAAAGUCGUACACUUUAUCAUCUACCUUACCAUGUAUGCCAGCAUCUUUACGCUCACCGCUGUGUCGUUGGACAGGUGCGUUUCACUUACCGUUAAUAACAGUUUUUUCCCCCAUUCAAGUUGAAUUGGGUCGUGUUGUGAAAGGUAACAUUUUAAGUAGUUUAAUUAUUUAUUAUAUUGUUAAUAUACAUUUUUGCUGAAAAGAAGAAAAAAAAUCAUUUUGGAAGAACAGUCUUGUUCCCCUUGUAUAUACAGUACUGUAAUGGUAUGAAGAUGGUGUAUAUAGGCAAAUAGCCUACAGAGGGAAAGUGAAAAAGGGUGCAUGAUAGUCAUUCUUGAUUAUUUAGUUCAGUGAUACUCUCUGACCAAUUAAAACAUUUGAAAGAACACUCUGAGUUCCUUAAAGAUUAUAUUGACAAGCUGGUCGAGUGACCGCUCUAACAAUGGAAAUACAUGUCCUUAAAGAUGGAAGGCAAGAUCAGGUGGGAACAUUCUAGCCAAUGAGAAGGAAGAUACGCGUGUGCGCAACAGGCACAACUUUGAUAUAACAUGUUACAUUUUUUUCAAAGUUGCCGAAAUGCCACGUGCGUUCACUUAUAUCAGUGCAUUCGUAACAACCUAACCAGUAGGAAACUUCUAUGCAAUCAAAUAAUCCUCAAAUCAGCAAUUACAUUUUUUUGUUGAACAAAUUCGAUACUCCCUCGUUGAUCUCCAUACAAAAAUUCCUUACUUCGUGGUCUUAUUUUUGUGGACAGAUUUUGGGCAGAGUAAACCCUCUCGCUUUGUUUCUUCCUCUCUAAUACAGUCUAACGUCAGUGUUUAGGGUACAAUCAGGGCAGGGCAAAUACAUUUGGACGGGCAGGUGCUCAAAGUGAAAAGAAAUAGGGAUUAUUAAGGGCAUUGUGUGACAUCACAUCUUAUUCUCUUACGUAAUUAAAAAUAAGUACCACAGAAGUCGUGUUCACAGAGGGGUGUGGUUUACAUAGCUAGGUAGCUAGUCUAGAAGUUCCAAAAUUUGACUGCAGUGUGUCAGCAAAUAAUUAGAGAUUUCCCCCUAUUCUUCUAAGGCAAAGAUACUUAUAGGUUUCCGCUUUCAUCUGUGUCUGGUGCUAGCUAUUAAUUGGCCGGAUUCGAUUAUGCUGACCCGCAGGGAGCCGGGCAAAGGCUCGUUACGUCAUCUGGCGAAAGCGGGGAGGGAGGAGCAAGAGCGCCCUUCUCAAAUCGACCAGUAAUCUGCACCGCUCUGUCAUUUUUGUCAACAUCGUUCAGAAACAUACAUCUCUUUUCCAUAAAAUCAACUCGUUUUCAUUGGGAAUGCAGAUAAAGCUCAAAAGCAAUCACUGUUGCAUGUGAAAACACAGAAUCCUACUCAUAACUCCACGUGCUCCCACGUCACUUUGUUUUGAGCUGACUUCACCAUGGGCUUUGAAUGGGGCACCUGGCUCACGCCCGGGAGGCAGCCCGGUUCCAAAACGAACGCAAUCAACUUCCACCUGGUGCAAAACACGCCUACACGGGCGCAUGGGCGAGAUUAAUCGAACCCCCUCACUGGCUAGCUAGGUCUUCAGCCAGUAUGGAACAAAAGCGGGGUAAGGGUAGCCCAAAACUGUUACGCAGUUGUCAUGUCAUUACAUCAAGAGACAUGCCAAAACGGAACAUCGAUACAAACGUCUUGACAUCAUUGAUAGUCAUGAUACUGUAUAUUAACAUUAUCUGGCAGUCAAUUUACUAUAUAUUCAAUGAGAAGUACCCAGACCUCACCCUGUAAAGUUUCAACUGAAACUGUCCAAGGUGAACUAGCUUGCUAGUUUGAUAAACUGUGCUGACAGUUCCAUUUGGGCUAGUUAGCAAAAUUAUACAGCCAACAUUUUGUCUAUAUUAAUGCUGUUAACCAAACAGUUGGAUAAGCAAAUCAUUUGGGAAACCAUGAUGCAAUAUAUGACAAGAUUUGAUGUUCAAGGUUGUUUGAGUUGCUUUGUGUAUCAGCAAAUUUGCUUGAGAUAAUCUCACUGCAACACUGCUCACUGCGUCCAUGUUGCUUGAUAGGCGUUUUCAAAGAACCCAGUCAAGGUGAGCUCCCCCCCCCCAGUGGCCAUCGAAAGUGAGCAUUUGCCCACUGAAGUCAAGUCAAGACCCUGGUGAGGAUGACGAGCACGCAGUUGAGCUUCCCUGAGAUGGUUUCUGACAGUUUGUGCAUAAAUUCUUCGGUCGUGCAAACCCACAGGUGAAGAAGCCGGAUGUGGAAGUCCUGGGCUGGAGUGGUUACACGUGGUCUGCGGUUGUGAGGUCAGUUGGACGUAGUGCCAAAUUCUCUAAAAUAACAUUGGGAGGCGGCUUUUGGUAGAGAAAUUAAUAUUCAAUUCUCUGGCAACAGCUCUGGUGGACAUUCCUGCAGUCAGCAUGCCAAUUGCACACUCCCUCAAAACUUGAGACAUCUGUGGCAUUGUGUUGUGUGACACAACUGCACAUUUUAAAGUUGCCUUUUAUAAUCCCCAACACAAGGUGGACCUGUGUAAUCAUGCUGUUUAAUCAGCUUCUUGAUAUGCCACACCUGUCAGAUGGAUGGAUAAUCUUGGCAAAGGAGAAAUGCUCACUAACAGUGAUGUAAACAAAUUUGUUCAUAAAAGUUGAGAGAAAAACAGUUUUUGUGCAUCUGGAAAAUUUCAGGGAUCUUUUACUUCAGCUUAUGAAACAUAAACACAUUGCAUUUAUAUUUUGUAUUCAGUGUAAUUGCAUAACACAACACAUUAGAUAAACUGGAAUGACACUCACUCACGGUUGCACAAAAAUACCUGUGCGCAAACCAUGCCCCAAAAUAUUCUAAUGCACUGCCCCCACAUUUGAAUUAUCACUAAAAGAGCAAAGAACGCUUUUGUGACCUUUAAAGAACUAUUGAACAGCUCAAAGGGUUCUUUGAGUCCUUAUGGUUCCAGAUAGAACCAUCAUCCUUCCCUAAGAAACCUUGAGGAACCCUCAUUUUUUAGUGUGUAGGAGGUCCCGUAACAGAAAUAAAUUAAAUCUACACUGCUCAAAAAAAUAAAGGGAACACUAAAAUAACACAUCCUAGAUCUGAAUGAAUGAAAUAAUCUUAUUAAAUACUUUUUUCUUUACAUAGUUGAAUGUGCUGACAACAAAAUCACACAAAAAUUAUAAAUGGAAAUCAAAUUUAUCAACCCAUGGAGGUCUGGAUUUGGAGUCACCCUCAAAAUUAAAGUGGAAAACCACACUACAGGCUGAUCCAACUUUGAUGUAAUGUUCUUAAAACAAGUCAAAAUGAAGCUCAGUAGUGUGUGUGGCCUCCACGUGCCUGUAUGACCUCCCUACAACGCCUGGGCAUGCUCCUGAUGAGGUGGCGGAUGGUCUCCUGAGGGAUCUCCUCCCAGACCUGGACUAAAGCAUCCGCCAACUCCUGGACAGUCUGUGGUGCAACGUGGCGUUGGUGGAUGGAGUGAGACACAAUGUCCCAGAUGUGCUCAAUUGGAUUCAGGUCUGAGGAACGGGCGGGCCAGUCCAUAGCAUCAAUGCCUUCCUCUUGCAGGAACUGCUGACACACUCCAGCCACAUGAGGUCUAGCAUUGUCUUGCAUUAGGAGGAACCCAGGGCCAACCACACCAGCAUAUGGUCUCACAAGGGGUCUGAGGAUCUCAUCUCGGUACCUAAUGGCAGUCAGGUUACCUCUGGCGAGCACAUGGAGGGCUGUGCGGCCCCCCAAAGAAAUGCCACCCCACACCAUGACUGACCCACCGCCAAACCGGUCAUGCUGGAGGAUGUUGCAGGCAGCAGAACGUUCUCCACGGCGUCUCCAGACUCUGUCACGUCUGUCACAUGUGCUCAGUGUGAACCUGCUUUCAUCUGUGAAGAGCACAGGGCGCCAGUGGCGAAUUUUCCAAUCUUGGUGUUCUCUGGCAAAUGCCAAACAUCCUGCACGGUGUUGGGCUGUAAGCACAACCCCCACCUGUGGACGUCGGGCCCUCAUACCACCCUCAUAGAGUCUGUUUCUGACCGUUUGAGCAGACACAUGCACAUUUGUGGCCUGCUGGAGGUUAUUUUGCAGGGCUCUGGCAGUGCUCCUCCUGCUCCUUCUUGCACAAAGGCGGAGGUAGCAGUCCUGCUGCUGGGUUGUUGCCCUCCUACGGCCUCCUCCACGUCUCCUGAUGUACUGGCCUGUCUCCUGGUAGCGCCUCCAUGCUCUGGACACUACGCUGACAGACACAGCAAACCUUCUUGCCACAGCUCGCAUUGAUGUGCCAUCCUGGAUGAGCUGCACUACCUGAGCCACUUGUGUGGGUUGUAAACUCCGUCUCAUGCUACCACUAGAGUGAAAGCACCGCCAGCAUUCAAAAGUGACCAAAACAUCAGCCAGGAAGCAUAGGAACUGAGAAGUGGUCUGUGGUCACCACCUGCAAAACCAGUCCUUUAUUGGGGGUGUCUUGCUAAUUGCCUAUAAUUUCCACCUGUUGUCUAUUCCAUUUGCACAACAGCAUGUGACAUUUAUUGUCAAUCAGUGUUGCUUCCUAAGUGGACAGUUUGAUUUCACAGAAGUGUGAUUGACUUGGAGUUACAUUGUGUUGUUUAAGUGUUCCCUUUAUUUUUUUGAGCAGUGUAAUUUCAACCCUGCUUAUAACAUUACUACCGCUAGGCGCUGGUAGCUUCUGCUUGUGCAGCAACAGGAGGACAACUGCAGUCCACGGCUCGCGUGGGGGCAGAGUAGCGGGGAGAAAUAAUUUUCCAAGAUUAAAAAAUGAGAAAUUAGCUAGUUUGAUGGACAAUUAUUUACCUGACAGUGAAAAAACUAACUAGAAGUAAAAUAAAAAUGUAUAAAUAAAAAAAUGCUACCAAUUUGAAAGGGCACUUUUUUCUCAUAGGAGGACGUGCCUGGGUAUUAUAUUAUGUGUCACUAAGUCCUGUCUGUCCAACUAUCUGAGUCCACAUCUUUUUCCUAUUGUUGACCCCCAAGGUAUCUGGCCAUCCGCUACCCUCUCCGUUCCAGGGAGAUGAGGACCCAUCGUAACGCCCUGACGUCCAUCUGUGUGGUCUGGGGUUUGUCCCUGGUCUUCUCUGGCCCGUACCUGAGCUAUUACCGACAGAUGGACUUGGACGGCACCGUGGUCUGCAUCCCCGCCUGGCAGAUCCAGGACAGGCGCCUCAUGGACGUCUGCACCUUCUUCUUCGGCUACCUCAUCCCUGUCCUCAUCCUCAGCCUAACCUACGCCAGAACCAUCUGCUACCUGUGGACCACGGUGGACCCCAUGAAGGACAUGUCUGAGUCCAGGAGAGCCAAGAGGAAAGUCACCAAGAUGAUUAUUAUCGUAGCGGUGCUCUUCUGCCUCUGCUGGCUUCCCCAUCACCUGGUUAUACUGUGUAUGUGGUUUGGCCACUUUCCACUAAACCACACCACCUAUAUACUCCGUAUUCUCUCCCACCUGGUGGCCUAUGCUAACUCCUGCCUCAACCCUAUAGUGUAUGCCCUGGUGUCCAAACACUUCCGGAAGGGAUUCCGGAAGGUGUUUGACUGUGCGUUGAGUAAGAGGGUGGUGAACCGGGUGCAUGUGUUUCAGGCGGCGCACCCUGUCAGUACGGUGGAGGUGGGGUCCAGUGAGACGUCCAAUCAGAGCCAGGGGUCACAGCGUCGAGAUAGGGCCGGACUAACCACAUCUGGGGCCCUGGGAAAGAAGAAUUUGGAGGCUCCCCUCAUGGCAGUGGAGAGAUUUUAUUUUUAA